UCUGACGUCAUCACCCUGUCCUCUGCUCACGGAGUGGCUUUGUGUGUAAUGCGACGCGAAGAACAGGUCUAGACGGAAGAAAGCAGAUAGAUAGGUAGCAAAUCAGUGUAGCAACUGCAUAGAUAAGUAUAUAUCGUGUUUUGAUGAUGCCGUAUUCUCGUGUUCAUUUUUUUAAAUCAGAAAAUCAGUUUCGGAUAAAUCCUCUGGUUAAAUGGAAGGCAGCCACCAACAAGCAGAAAUAGGGGGCUAAGAAAGAUGUAAAAAUAAUCCCGGAGACUGAAAUUAACCUAUCGUCUACAGAUCACAAAAAUCAUAAGCUAACAAGGCACUCUAUGGUCAUGCUUAACCUCUGAGUGACAAAAAUCUUCUUGUUCACAGAGGUUGAUCUCCAUUUGGAUUGCGCUUGCAAGCCCCUCCCUCUACGGGAGAGGUGACGGGGGGCCACAAGCCAUGGAGGUGGCAUGUGGGGCCGCUGAGGAGCAGACGCCUCCGGAAGGAGGCGUGGCCAAGUUAACAGAAACAGUGCCCAGUCCUCCCCAAAAUGUUGCGCCUGGCCUGACCUUGGAGGGAUUGAAAGUGGAGACGAAGGUGGCAGCAGUCCGUAAUGUCAAAAAGGACAUUCCAGCAAAGAAAGACAGACUGGAGCCACUGAAGAUAGACAUGACCAAGCACUUCCUGUUGCCACCCACCUCUGCCCAGCUCUCCCUGCAGUGCCUGGAGUGUCACAUCAUUUUCAGCGACCACAAGAGCAAGGAGCGCCACCUGAAGCAGAGUCACCCGGCCGAGUACGAGCAGUGCAUGCUGGGGGACGCCCUUUUCGCCUGCUACGUCUGCGACCGCCACUUCACCUGCUCCACUGAGCUCAUGGCCCACCAGCGGGCCCACACGGAGAAGCAGCCGUUCAAGUGCCCCAUCUGCGGCGAGGCCUUUCGCCGGUCCUCCGAGCUGACCAUCCACAAGAAGGUCCACUUCGGCCUGCAUGGCUACACCUGCGCGGACUGCGGGAAGCCCUGCAAGACCCUGACCCUGCUGAAGUACCACCAGCGCACGCACACCGGGGAGAGGCCCUAUGUGUGCAAGGACUGCGGGAAGAGGUUCAGCAUGUCCAAGGCUCUCCAGAAGCACCUGCUUACGCACACGGCAGAGGAAGCGGAUGGGGACGGGGGAGGGACUGUACUCCUGACCCCCACCGGAGAGGCCACACACAUUAAGAGGCUGGGUGCCAGCUCACAGGGUAAACCUGCCAUAACCUUUUCAUGCUCCUUGUGUGACGGAAUCUUCAAGACUGCAAAGACAAGGCUGCAGCACAUGAAGCUCAAACAUUCCCACAACAGAGAGACCUUGCAAAACAGUAUUGCAGCAAAGAGGGACCAUCAAAAUGAAGGCCAGCCUGUGGAGACCCACACAGAGAUUUGUCUGCCUGCACAGGCCUUGCAACACAUGCAGACAUUCGCACAAGGCCAGCCAUUACAGCAGAUUGAAACGCUUGGACAGGAGCAGAUGCAGGAGUUGAUUUCCACAUUGGGUCAAGAACAGGUAAAAGACAAGAUGGAGAUAAUGGGGCCGGAGCAUAUGCAAGUACAGAGAGAAACGAUGGGACAGGAAGUGGUGGAGAAACAGACAAAGGAACUAGAAUGGGCCCAACGACUGACCGAAGCAUUAUGUCUAGAACAGAGGGCGCCUGAAUCACUGGUUCUAGAACAGACACAGGGACAGACUGAAACAUUGUGUCUAGAACAGAUGGCACCUGAAACACUUGUUCUAGAACAGACACUGGAACAGACUGAAACGUUAUGUCUAGAACAGAGGCCACCGGAAACACUGGCUGAUGUACAGACAGAACAGAGGGCGCCUGAAACACUGGUUCUAGAACAGACACAAGAAGAGAUCGAAACAUUAGGAGAACAACAAACACAGAGGCAGAUUGAAGUGUUGGAACCAGAACAGACACAGGGGCAGAGGAAGGUAAUUGGAGUGGAACAGAUGCAGUUACAGGCAGAAACAUUGGAACUAGACCUGACCCAAGCACACAUGGAAACGGUGGUACUUGAGCAGACACAAGAACAUGUAGAGCUGAUGCAGCUAGAACAUCUGGGACAGUUAAAGACUGUAGAAUUAGGGGAGGCACAUUUGCAAGUAGAUGCUUCGGAAGUUCAGCAGACACAGUUAGAAAUGGAAACAGUUGAAUUGGAACUGACACAGGUGCAGGUGGAAACAGUGGAAUUAGAAUUGACAGAGGUUCAGGUGGAUACAGCAGAAUUGGAUCUGACACAGGUUCACAUGGAAUCUGCAGAGUUAGAUCUGGCCCAGGCCCGAAUGGAAACUGAUGAAUUAACACUGGCACAGGUACAAGUGGAGACUUCAGAUUUAGAAUUGGAACAGGUGAAAACCGCAGAAUUAGAGCAGACAGAGAAACAGACAAAGACGUUGGAACAGGUGGAAACACACCCUCGGAACAAGAGCAAAGGAGCAAGCCUGCAACAAAUAGCAGCUGAAAAAGACAGAGAAACUGGUCAAAAACUUGAACAUUCUCAGCAACUAUCAGGAAACAAUCCUGGGGAAAAGGAGAAAACCUCAAAACAAACGCAGCAACUUGCACCAACACUAUGUCAGUCUUUACUUCCGCCAGGGGGACCAGAGCGGGACACAAGUCAGCACCAAGAAAUCCAACUUCACACCCUGAAGGUGCAAAGUUUGUCUAAGCGGUCAGAAAAUAAAACCAUAGAACCGGUACAAGAGAGUCCGACAUCCCCGCCUAUUCUGGCAAAAAAACUGGUGAAAGGAGGUCAACGGACACAAUCGAAGAAGACGACACCGGAAGGGAAGUCGGCAAAGCGUUCCCAACCUUUAAAGAGUGAGUGGGAAUUCCCAGGGCACGCACAACAGGGUAAGGACCUAGUACAGCACUGCGAGACUCAGUCAAAAGCCAAACGCACAAAAAGCCCGCGGUCAAAGAAGGAGCGUCUUGUUGUGCGGUUCAUUGCUCCAGAGAAGGUAAAACAGUCCAGGAAGCAGAAGCCAGUUCAGACGCACCACAUUUGUCUAACGGUCGACAGGGGCCACGAACAACAAAAGAUGCAGGCUACACCACAGUUGGUGCAGAAGGUGCAGCUACAGCAAAAAACAGUGGAAGGAAAAAACGUCAAGACUCAGGUUUUACCACAGGACAAGAUGGCGCAUCAGCAAAUUCAACAAAUAGUGUCAGUGAAAGAGAAGGUGCAACAAGUGCCCCUAACAAAAAAGAAAGUGCAGAAAUGUGUAGUGGGUCAAAAUCGGUUGGAGCAAAAUGAGGAGAAAGCGCCAAUGCGAAUAGAAAAAAAGAAAAAGCUAGUACCCAAAAGGGGACAGCGAAGUGAAAAGGAAGGAACACCGCCCGAAAAGAAGCGUAGGAAAAAACAAGAGAAAGUUCAAGAUCAGAAUAAGAAACAGAAAAAUCAAGUUGCAGAAAAUAGAGAUAAAGAAAAAAUAAAGCAGCAUUCCCUGCUAUUACUGAAAGGACACAAACAACCCCAAUUAAAGGUUCACAAAUUGGAUCCCAGUAAGACCCAACAGCAGCCGCAGCGACUCCUGUCCUGUCCAUCUCAAGCUCUUAAACCCCCACAAGACCCUCAGACACCGGCGAUGAAAAAACAGCAAAAACUCAAAAAAGCACAACAACAGCAGCAAAAAAAGCAAAGUCAAAAACAGCCAAAACCCCAAACGAAAAGAAAGCAAAAACAGGCCGUAUCACUGCUUCCUCACCUUCUUCCAUCCCCAUCGUCACCCCCCAUUCAGGUAAAGCCUAAGACUAACCGUAAGCGCAAAGCCUCCUUGGCUGGGGCAGCUGAAACAGCCCUGGGGUCCCCGCAUGCUCGCCGGGCACUUGCGUGCGCGGAUUGUGGUGAGAGAUUCUCUGAGGUUUUACCGUUGGAGGAGCACAAGGCAGCUGUGCAUACCUUGGGAAACGGGCCUGGAAAAUGCAAUUCGGGUGGCAGUGUUUGUGGGGGUAUCUCAAGGACAGAAAGGGAAACCGCUCUUGGGUUGGGCGCGGAAAGCCUGACCCAAGAAACAUCGGGCCAAGGACGGGACUUAACCAGUUUGGGUGACAAUAGAGCUGACAAAACCCCCAUUCUGCCAGUCCCAGGAGAGGGUGCCUUGCGGAGUCCAGAAGGGGACGCUAGGUUGGCUGGUUUGGGUGGCGAAAUGGGCCUACCUGUAGAUCUUGUCCAGACACCAAAGUUAAGUGAGAGCGUGCUAGGAAAUACAAUCCACCCAGACAAUUUUGGGAUACAGGUUGCAACGGAUUGGGAUAUGGAGGCGGAAAUGGGGGAAAUUGGAUUAGGUGAUAAAGUUGAGCGAGUCUCUUUCCCAGCCCUGAACCCCUCCCCAUCCCUGUCCCUUGCUACUGCCUGCGUCGAAGUUGAAGGUAAAGACGGAGGAGGAACAGUCAAUGGGGAGAGCAUCAAGGAGUCUGUGCCAAGCAUUACCUCAGACUUGUGUGCAAGUGCUAAUGAACAUUCAGAGGACUUAAAAACACAGCAAAGGGAGGAGUUUAAUGGCAGUAUGAACUUCUCCAAGGAUUGUGCCGAAGAUAACAGCCAUAACAGAAUGCAAAGUGGAGUAAAGAUUACGGAGGAUGCUCCACCGGUUGCCGUUCCGACAUCUCCCUGUUCUGUAUGUGUCUUUUCUCCAAGUCUGGAUAAAUCCUUCCAAGCUACGCCCACAGGCGGUCAUAACUGUGAGCAGUCACUCCAUCCCUCAUCCAGAGCACAACUGCAGAACUUCCAACAACUGGAGACUGCUAAAGAAGAAGGACAGAAUGAGGGAAGGGAAUUUGAAGAGAAAAACAAGGCCGAGGAAGAUACCUCUGGCAGUCUCCAGCUCACUACCUCUGUUCACAAACCCCAAAGUGUCACAGGGGAAGACAUAAAGGAGGAGCUGCUACUUGAGGUGGACAUAGUCACUGUUGGAGACCAAAGUAUGGAGGGCAGCACCUUAUCCCAGGAUGGCACUCAUUCAUUGGAUGGCAUUCCAGAAGUCUCCCAUACAGCUUCUUGCUAUUUAAGCACGGAAACAACCCAAUUAAGCCUGCUGAAAUCUGCAGACACCCACACUCUUCAAACGAAGAAUCAGGACUUGAAUGCAAAUGUCAGUGUAGCUGCAACACAAGUGAGCUCCUGUUCUGCAGAUUGCAUUGAAAUCAAGCAGGAAGAAGAGGAGGUAGAAGUGGAGAGGAGGGAAGGAGGGAGGAGAAGGCUAGAGAGGGAGAGUACGGGGAGGAGCGGCAGAAGGAGAGGGAGGGGCGGGGACCAGAGAGGAGGGAGAAGGAGGAUUGGGUUAGAGAUCACAAGAGAAACGGAAUCUGAGGCAGGGACAGAAGGGUGCCCGGUGAUCUUUCAGCUGCAGUCACUCUCCAGCGAUUCCCCGAUCAAGGAAGAGGAAGGAGCAGAGCUUUUCCACCAUUCCAGACCUCCUCCCUUUAAAGUCCACCUCCAGCCUCAGAAUAUAGGACCCAGGUGUCAGCAGGGGGAGCUCCUGUUGGGCACAGGCAUCUCUGAGUCCUGUCUCCCAGCAUCAUUAGAGGAGUCCUCUGAUGAGCAGAUUGUUUUUGAGCUGGAGUCUGUCACCACAAGUGUGGAGGUUUUAAAAACGGAGGAGGGGAUGGAAGUAGAGGGAACAGAAGACCAAGUCAGAGUCCCAGGGGAUUGCCAGUCUCCCUCUAUCCUGUUUGAGAGGUUCUUUGCCGGUAGACAGAGGGAUGAGGGAGACAUGGAGCAAUGCCAGAAUGAACUGCGGAAUGACAGUAGACUGCAGGUGAAUCGUGCCUCCCUGGGCUUCGGGUUGGAAACGGGUCCCCAAAACAGAGCCAGUGGAAUGGCACUAAUGGGGGCUGUGACAGGUCAGGUGAUUAAGGUAGAGGACUUCUCCUCAAAUUUGGUGCCUUGCCAAAAUGGCCCAUCAGCUGCACCGGCAAGGAAGAGAGGAGCCGCUGUUGGUCAGGUUCAACCCUACGAGCAGCGGGGAGGAGUUCGGGUGUUUUUAGUGAAGGAAGAGAAUCCUCUCGUUUUGGACGAGCCCCAAGAGUUCCCAGGAUGUGGACAUGCAGAGUUGCCAGAUGAAGAGAUGAGGGUUGAGGGCAACAUUUGUGCAGACUCUGAGGCUAUGCUACUUGAUGACAGAGAAGGUGGAGGAGAUGGGGAAAGGGAAGGCGCAGUCAGUGCUUCUCCAUUGGCUCUUGACAUUGGGGUUCCUGGUGGCGAGCAGUGCAUAGUCUUUCGGGUGAAGGAGGAGGAGAGGGAGGUGGCAUUGGAUCCUCCUCAAAGAGAACAUGGUCUCUCAGUUUUGCUGGUGUCUAGGUCAGCGGCGCUGAAUCAGCAAGUUGACCAAGGCCAUACCAGCGCAGAUGGACCACUGGUAUCAGACCUCCAUCCUGGCUCUUUCACAGACAGCGAUGGGAUCUGGGUGUCUGUGCCCCCAGGGUGUGGGGCAGAGCAGGGUGCUGCAGAAAAUGAAGAAUGUGAACAGAGCAGAGAGAGGCUCAUACAGACAGGAUCACAGCCAGAUGUGUUUGUUUGUACUGGAGAAGGUGAACUGAACACAGGGCAGCAGAACACACAGGAGCUUCUAGAAUUCCUCGUGCAAACAUCUGAUGUGGAAUACUCAGACAGCUCUGAUUCUGAGCCUGAGGAGGAAGCCUUUGCCAUGGCCUGUUACCAUGAAGGCAGUAGCAGUGGCACAGGCAAACUCACAAGCAAAAAUCUUGAGCGUUCAAGAUUUAGUAUUCCGGUCGUAGAGAGGCCGGGUGGCUCUGUGGCUGAGGGCAACGGAGGAGGGGGACGGAAAGAGUUGACCCCAGUUGAAUAUUUCUCCCAGUAUUUGGACUGGGAGACGUGGGAGGAAAUUGCACACUGUACCCCCACCUUCUCUGAAACCCCCAACUCAGUCACAUCCAAAGAGGUGGCUCAGUUUGUUGGAAUUCACAUUGCAAUGGGAACACUGAAGUUCCCGGAUAAGCGGUUGUACUGGCAGGACUUCACCAGAGUGCCCCUGAUUGCCGAUGCCAUGCCCGCCUCCCGGUUUUUCCUGUUGGCGAAGAAGCUGAGACUGGCUCGUCGAGCUGAGGACCUGGAGACCCCCGGGGACGUAGGUGGGGGUGGGCACAGCCCGCACGCACACGGGGAGGUCGCCGGCGCGGAGGAGCCCGGGACCCAGCCCAGCGGCGGAGGCCCGGACCCUGAGGGAACUGCGGCGGCAGCUCGCGGGGGCGCUUCAGACGCGCCCCGUGGUUCGAGAAAAACGAACCCCGUUGGCCACCGCGGCGUCCCCUCGGACGAACUUGGGGGCGGAGCCAGCGAGCAGUGGUCAGAUCCGCAGAGCCGCGAGCCAGCUGGCCUCACGGAGAUGCGUGCAGACCCCCAGACCGGCGCAGCGAGGAUCGAGCACACACACAACACACGCAGUCGCGCGCAUUACACGCAAAGGCGGGCGCAGGAAACUGGCGAGGUGUCGACCUUAGAGGACCAAACACACAACGCCGCUAACGCACGUGGAAAUGCACAAAGACCUGUGGAAUUGAGUAAUAGCACAAAUAGCUCCUCAGGUGAUACUGACCCGCUCUGGCGGGUUAGAGGUUUGCUUGACAGAGUUCGAGCCGGCUGUCUUGCACUAAGUCAUGAAGGGAACUAUGGUGUAGACCAGCACCCUCUACAUUUGGGACAAUGCCGGAGAAAGAAAUCCCUCAAAAACCCUCGGCCUGUAUUGCAGUGUACUGUCCUAGUCGGGGCUGGCGGUUUGGUCCUAGAUUUGAACGUAAGCACGGAUGACUCUGGCAGAGAGGACACGCUACAGAGAAUUAUCCCCAAAAACAAAGAAAGCGGGGAGGCGAUAGUGUUUCUCUGCAAGGAGGAGCUUUGUACACCGGCGGUGCUGGAGCGCCUCCUUGUGGGCGGAGUGAGGAGCGCAGGGAGGGUAGGGGGAGUGAGAGGAGGGGUGGGCGAUGAGUUUGUGAGCUCUGAUGGGAAGUUGACUCUGCUCCGUUGCCAGCAAGGCUUCAUACUCUCUACUUUGACAGAGAGGCAGGCGCACCAGUUUUCUCUCAUCAAGGACUUUGAGGGCGUUCAGAAGGACGCCCAGCUGCACCGAGACCUGCUGAACCUGUACCGCACGCCGCUCACCGCCUCCUCGCCUGCGCGGUGGCCACAGUCCGUGCUCUGGCACCUCGCGGACCUGGCCCUGGUGAACUCCUGGCUGCAGCACAGACGGGAUCGCGGCGACUCGCGCGAGUCUCUCAGUCUCAUGGCGUUUCGGCUCGAGGUGGCAAAAGGGCUCAUCCACGCGAACGGCCGCAGUGCGCCCCAGUCCGCUCCCCCGCACCCUCCCGCUCCAAAACUGCCCAGUCGGGGUGAAGCGGUGUCGCCAGCGCCCCGCCCUGCGCUCCCUCUCCCAGAUGCCGCCGCUCGGUAUGACGGUUUGGGGCACUGGCCCGAGCAGGUAGCUGAGGGGGAGGGGGCCAGGUGCCGGUUCGGAGGCUGUGAGCGGACGUCCCGGGUACGAUGCCUCAAGUGCUGUGUCUUCCUCUGCAUCUCACGGAACCACAACUGCUUCCUGAAAUUCCACAUCCAGGGGAGCCUCUGAACCAGAAGCACCUUAGCCACCAGCUCAUCUUCUUCGCAAAAACAAAAAACGAAAAGAAAACGUAGAGCAUAUCUCAGUAUUCGCUUUAUCCUAAUAAUGAUGAUUUACAGUGAUGCCCUGAAUGUUGCCCACUCUCAGGCAGGAUGUCCUGAUUUCAAGUAAAUACCCUACAAGAUGUGCAAUUGUUUUAGGCAGUUGUUUAGGCAAGUAUGGACUUCAGCCCUUUCUUUUUUCCAGCACACCACAAGCAUGGAGUUCACUGGUGAUAUUAAUUUACCGGCACAGGAGUGUAAGCUCUACAGUCAUUCAUCAGACAUCUGUCCAAAUGGCCACAAGCUCUCCUCAAACCGUAUCUCAGUCUUGUGCUGAUCCUCAUUCAUUUUCUUCCGCCUCAGAAACCAAGCAGGCUCAAAAGUUUACGAAUGUGGUCCUUUGUGUCCAUAAUUCAUUGUAUAUUUGACCUUAUUCAUCUCCACUGUGGGAUUAAUCUUUCUAGCUGUACAUUACACUGUAGCUAUCUCACUCUAGGGAUUCCCAUAUGAUGUGUUACUUUUGGGUUUUCCCAUCUCAGCCAAGUUUUUGAGUUGGGCAUGGCUAAUUACAUUACAAUCUCUAGUCUAACUGUAAUUAUAAGUGUAAAUUGAAAAAAUGCAUUAUAUUCAGUUGCCACAUAAUUUUCCCUCUCCUUAUUUAACAGAGGAUGCUAUACCUAAAAGUUUUGUGUUUAUACCCUAUACUAACCCACAUACUGAGAUGAUCAAAUACCAACCCACAUACUGGGAUGAUCAGUGAAUCUGUCCAUCUCGAUGCCUAUAAAAGAAUGUUUUAAACGUUUUAAUAUUUGGAAUGGUUAUUUAUUUAUUUAUUUAUUGACAUUUUUCUCCCAUUUUCUCCCCAAUUUAGUUGUUAUACCAAUUCCCCGUGUGGACCAGCCACAGUCCUGGUCGAUGCGCUAUCCUCUGUCGGUCUGGGGAGGGUGUAGACUGCCACAUGCCUCCUCCGAUACAUGUGGAGUCGCCAGCCGCUUCUUUUGACCUGACAGUGAGGAGUUUCACCGGGAGAGCGUAAUGUGCGCGGAGGUUCACGCUAUCUCCCCCGGAUCCCCUCCCCUCUGGACAGGCACCCCGACCGACCAGUAGGAGUCGCUAAUGCAGCGAUCAGGACAUAUACCCUCACCGGCUUCCCACCCGCGAACACUGCCAAUUGUGUUCGUAGGAACAUCUGACCAAGCCGGAAGUACCGCUGCCAGGGAUUGAAUCCGGGUCUCUGCGGUGCAGAAUGGUUAUUGCAUUUAAAAUAGUUUUGUUUUUACAGCUGAGAUGUUCAUAAUGAUUGAGUCAAAAUUUUAAUUUCUACUUUGGCUUUAAAAAUAAGUCAUUUUAAUAUUAAAGCUGCUAGCCAGGCUACUUUUUCUGAGAAUCUGGAACAAGCAGUAAUCAAAUACAGUGAUGACUGAAUCUUCUAUGCACUGUAUAUACUACCGUUAGCUAACGAUAGCUAGUAACCUUCCUAGUAGUAAAAUUAAACUUCCACAUUGCGAGUGUGCAGGCUAUCCUUUGGUGAAAUUGCCACUUGCCGUCUUUGAUAUUUUAUGAAAUUGGCGACUUUUCCCAAUUGCUAAUAAAUCUUUGGAUUUGUUUGCAAAUAAAAAUUUGGUCCAGUUCAGUUAAAGCUAUUCUGUACUGUUUGGUCAUUCUGAAACGUUUUGUUCUCCCACAUCUUUGCGAACCGCACAGAACAAAGACGUUCAACGAAGCCUGCAAAGAUUUAAUGCGUCUAAUUGUCCGAAAAACUCAGUAGUGUAAUAAACCGAGACUAUUGCGAAUAAACAUUCUGCCAGUCUGCCGGCAGCUACUGCAGCCUUAUUUCCCAUCUGUCUCUUGCACAUUCCAAUUUUCCAGUUUCACAGUUUUUCAUGUUUCAUAGCUUAUUUGUCCUUCCAUUGUCUUUUCCCAGUAAUUUGCUCAAUUGUUUUCUUCACUCAUUUAGUUUUUUUGUUACUUUUGGUCUCGUGCAGUGAAACUUAUGUGAUUGUGUUAAAACAUUUGGGAACAAAGUCACAUUAUUGGAUGUUUUUAAUUAUCUGCCAUUCAGCUAUGUUGCUGAAACCUAUCUAAUGUGUAUGGAAAAGGCAUGAAUUUUUUCAAAACCAGUGAAUUUAAAAAAAAACUGGUGUGUUCUAAACAUGCAAGUAUUUAUUAUUGAAUGUAUAUUUAUGUUUGUGUGGGUAAGAGCCUAUCCCUCUGGACGAAUCCUGAAUAAAAUAUCCUAUGGCCAUAUCA